CAGUUCGCAUGUGUUACGACCUCAUGAACGACGUGGUUGUCUUCUAACGAAAAGUAACGUUAAUUGAAUUAAUAACAUGGAGUCGUGAUGUAAUUUUACGCGGGAAACUUUAGUUUAAACAAGUUUGUAACGUAACAGUGAUUGAAUUUUUUUUCAAUACAAAUUAGGAGACAUUAAAUUAAAAUGCCAAAACGUUCUGUGAUAUAUUUUUUGUGUUUUGUGAAUUGUGUUCUAUCUCAAGGGACUGGUUCAGGAACUGAUGGAAAUUUGCGACUAUGCGUCGUCGAGGGGCGGGGGACAUACAAGCGAGCGACGCGGUACUGCCCCAUACUGGACCGGGAGAAGUCGGGCAUCGAGUGUGUACUUGGCACCGAUAGGUUGGACUGCCUCCGAAGAAUCUCCAAAGGUUCAGUGGAUUUCGGCGUGUUCAGUCCAGAGGACUUGAUCGCCGCUCAGUGGGCGCAGGUCGACGUGUUGGUCACAAACGAAAUUAGAAGUAAAACCAGACCAUACGCCCGCACAAUAGUGGCGGUCGCCAAUCGUCGUAUCUUGGAGGAUGGGCCGACAUCACUGUCCUCAGUGCUGAGGAACUCUUCCCUCUGCCACCCGGGAGUCGGUAUCGACGACAUUCGCCCAUUAAGCGAUACUUUAUCAGGCUAUCUCGAAUCCUUAGUACUGGCGCGCUCCUGCGACCCCGCCCUGUCCCUCACUGAGAACAGGAUCAGGGCUAUGUCUCAGUUCUUUGGCAAAACCUGCAAGGCUGGACCUUGGGUGCCAGACAAAGCCAGGGACGCGGAACUAAAACGCCUCUACCCAUCUCUCUGCGCGGGUUGCAGUGGGCGCUGUGACGUCAACGACCCGUACUGGGGCGACUCUGGUGCGUUAGCUUGCUUAGUUUCCCGCGGUGAUGUCACGUGGGGCGAGCUGGAUGACGUCAGGGCCUACUUCGGGCUAACAUCAAGAGAAGGGCACGCCUCAGCCGACCGCAUCGCAUACCUCUGCCUGGACGGGAGCUACAAGGACCUGGACGAUCCAGAGCCUUGCGUCUGGCUGUCCAGGCCAUGGCCUGUUAUUGUUUCAAAGAGAAAAGCAGCAGAAGCAGUAGCGGCCCUUGCAUCAAACUUGACAGAUGGGGGCGUCCUCGUAGACCAGCAUUGGCGCGGAGCCCUGGCCGCCUUGCUGGAGCUUCAUCUCGGUCUACCGCAGCCGUUAGCACCAGCUGUAGUGCCUCUUGAUUACUUGGCUCGCGCUCAGGGCCUUCGAGAGGCCUACAGCCAGACGGGAUGUCAACCAUCAAGACACAUUACUCUUUGCACUAAAAGCGUCAUAGAAUCGAACAAAUGCAACUGGUUAGCUGAAGCUGGCGCAGUAUACGGCAUCGUGCCGCCGUUGCAGUGCACGCAGAGGAGUGACGUGGAGGAUUGUCUGAAGGCUGUGAAGACUGGGACUGAUGAUGUGGUGCUCGCUGGCAGUGACUGGCUGGUUAGAGCUAGGAGAGACUACUCUGUCGAUCCAGUCCUCCAUGAAGCCACCCCAAUAGUAGACCAAACUAGCACAGUGGCGGCCAUUGUCCUAAAAUCGUCAGCAAUUACAGACACCUCAUAUUUGAAAGGCAAACGUGCCUCUUUUCCUAGCUACGACGGCUUAGCCUGGCAUUCUGUUUUCAAAUACAUCAAUGAAAAAGAAAAACUUAGCUGCCAGCUAAAAAAAUACUUUAGCGAUGUGUGCGCCCCUGGUAUCGAAAAACGAAAUCUCACUGAAGACGUUAAGACUGCAUUUACGAAGAUCUGUUACAAAGAAGGUGAUAAUAUUGUGGGUGGUGAAGAACAAGCAUUGAAGGCUGUCGUUGCAGGAAAAGCUGAUGUGGCAUUUGUUAGUUUGGCGACAUUUAAUUUGUAUAAAGCUCAAGAACCACAAGUCUACAAUCAAUUAGUUCCAGUAUGCCCUAAAGAAAACCCAAAAUACUGUUUCUUAAGUUGGGCCAACAUUGGACACGUGCUGGCAGCCAACACUACCACAGCCAUGAGAAAACAAGAAAUAAUCAACGUCUUUACAAAACUUGACCAACUGUUUGGCAAACAUUACCCAUUCCACAACGCAAUGUUCUCCAUGUAUGGACCUUUCAACCAUCAAUUGGAUGUAUUAUUCCACAAUAAUACUAAGAUUCUAGCCACAGACAAUAUGUUAAAUAACCAUCCUUAUGAUAAAAUUCCUUUAAAUUUCGAAAGACAGUUAUCAAAUGACAGUUUAUGUUACGAUUUAAAUUUUAGCCCUAAAUUAAUAGUGCCUACUAUCACUUUGAUUAGCCUUUCUCUAGUCGCAUUUAUUUUGUAAAAUAAAGUAGUUUAAACUGUAAAAAUGUACCAUAAAUAUUGUAAUGUUAAUAUAUAUAUAAUUAACAGUAAAAUUAUGAGCAAUUAAAA